CAUAUUAUGGCGGGAAAGCUCAUGCUUCCACGGUUCAUUGCUCACAAAAAUAAACAACAAUUAGACGAUACCAAUUAAGGCAAAGCAUAAUCAUGUGCGGUAGAACAGCAUGUGCUCUGGCUCCUUGUGACUUGCAAAAUGCUUGCAAUUUCAAAGACAAACAAGGGAAGCGCCAGAAACCAGAUUGGAGAGAUGCGCCUAAUGGCAAGAAUUAUUUCCCUUCCUACAACAUAGCUCCAGGUGCACAUACGCCAGUGCUGUUGUCCUCCGAUCAUUUCAAGGACAAGGGUUCAAGUCAGCGUGUCAUUCAACCGAUGCAGUGGGGACUGAUCCCCUCAUGGCACAAGGGAUCGGCAAAUGAAAAAUCGUAUGAGACAAAUAAUUGUCGGGCUGAAAGCAUGCUGGAGAAAAUGACAUAUAAAGUUCCACUUCAAAAAGGCCGAAGAUGUGUCAUUCUUGCUGAAGGCUUCUUUGAGUGGAAAAGGGGGAAAGACUCAAAGCAACCGUAUUAUAUCUACCUCCCAAAAAAUAACAAAAGUACAUUAAGGUCAGAGGUCAAGUCAGAGGUCAAAGUGGAGGUUAAAUCUGAAGUAAAUGCUGAAAGUGAAUCAGACAUUAAAGCAGUUGUUAGGACUGAGAACAAUUCUGAAAUAGAACCUGACUUAAAAUCUGACACUAUGAUCCAAGUGAAAAAGGAAGCGGACUCUGAAGAGACAACGAAACUAACGGUUGAUGCAGAUAUAAAGAAUGAGGUGACAGUAAAAGAGGAGUGUGUUAAACAAGAAGUAGAUGCCACACAGGAAGAGUCUAAUGGGAAUUCCUCAUUGCCAAGGUUACUGACAAUGGCUGGUGUUUUUGAUGUAUGGAAACCACCAGGGGACAGUGAGCCGGUGUAUUCAUACAGUGUUAUUACAGUUGAAAGUUCACCAGCAAUGUCCUGGAUACAUCACAGAAUGCCUGCUAUUUUGCAGACAGAAGAGGAGAUAGAAGAAUGGUUAAAUUUCGGAGAUGUCCCUCUUAAUAAGGCAUCCAAAUUGAUACAUGCUAUUACAAGUGUAGAGUGUCAUCCAGUAUCUAGUGUGGUGAACAAUUCCAGGAAUAAUACACCAGAAUGUGUGAAAAAAAUUGAUCCAAGCAAACCAAAAAAGUCUGCUGGUAGCGCAUUCAUGUCGGCAUGGUUGUCAAAGGGAUCUAAAGUAAAAUCUGAGGGAGAACCACCUGAGAAGAAGUUCAAGGUUACGUGAAGAGCCUCUAUUCACCUCCAUGCUUUGAAGAUUUAUUCUUGUUAAGGAUUACCUCAAGUGAUUAGUUACAUGGGACAUUUUUAGAAAACAUUUUUAUGACUGUGCUUUAAUAAUACUAUUCAUGUACAUUGUCAUGGGUGCAAGUUUUCCGGCAUGUGCCGGAAGUUCCGGUUUUUCACGUGCCGGAGGGAUCAUUUUUGCAAAUCACGUAAAUCCGUUGAGAUAUUUGGAGGGGUAUGGUGCGGGUCUACUCUUUCAAACUGAGAAGUACCACCGAUUAGAAGUUCAUAAUCGAGAACGCUAUAUAACAUACGGAUGCUCACGGUUGUUCUCGAAGCGUCAAUAGUAAACUUUCGCGGAAACUGCCGAUUGUUUCCGAAGAUAUACGAGAUGUUUACGAAAACAUGUAUUAUUAAUCCCGGCAUGCAAUUUUAUCCGUGAAUUUAUUACAACGAUUUAGAUUGGCGCGCUAAUUAUAAUCAUCCAAUG